UCCAAUUUUGUUGGUGUAGACUAGACCAAACAAUAUACUUGUCUCCACCUCCCCAUCAAGAACUAAAAUGUAUCGUUGUGUGUAAUUAAUUUGAUUAGCCGUUCUGCCUGCGUUUUCUAUGAUCAUCUUCAUGCAGUCAGUAUACAUAUUACAAAGGGGUGUUUCACUGACAGGGUGUAUCAGUACGCUACCUUUUCAUGUGAAUACUAGGCACAGUUUUAGAAAAUGCCCCAGAUACUUCAAAGCAUCCCCUCAACUGAUCCAAAAAUCUUCUCUCUGGUUAAAUUUCUGUAUUCUGUCUCCACCCCCUGGCCAGAGGGAUGUUAAGUGCCAUGGCUGUGGAUAGAUAGGACAUGAUUUGUAAUUGCUUGCAGGUACCAGCAAAUUAUGCACUACCACAUGCAGAAUGAGGAGUAUGGAAAAGUGGUAGAGGCUUGUAAGCGCUAUGGGGAGCAAGAGGGCUGCCUUUGGGAGCAGGCGUUGGGAUAUUUUGCCAGAAAAGAAGAAGACUGCAAGGCCUACAUCAGUGAAGUCCUUCAUCACAUUGACCAAAACAACUUGAUGCCCCCAUUACUUGUGGUGCAAACCCUGGCACACAACUCGACAGCUACUCUCUCCGUCAUCAAGGACUACCUCAUCAAUAAGCUGCAGAGGGAAAGCCAGCAGAUAGAGGAGGACGAGCGUAAAAUUCACAAAUACCGCGAGGAAACGGGUCACCUUCGCUCCGAGAUCGAGGAACUCAAAACCAGUGCUAAGAUAUUCCAGAAGACCAAAUGUAAUAUGUGCAACAGCCCACUGGAGCUGCCGUCUGUCCACUUCCUGUGCAGCCACUCCUUCCACCAACACUGCUUCGAAAGCUACGCUGAGAGUGAGGCCGAGUGCCCGACAUGCACUCCUGAGAACCGCAAAGUCAUGGACAUGCUGCGGGCCCAGGACCAGAAACGCGAAUUGCACGAGCACUUCAACAAACAGUUACGCAGCUCUAAUGAUGGUUUCUCUGUCGUGGCUGACUAUUUUGGUCGAGGUGUGUUUAACAAACUGACUCUGGUCACCGACCCACCUGGCAGCAAAACUGUCGGAAGUCUGGAAGUCAACCUGCAGAGAGACCUUCUCAUCCAGACGAAGAGAAACAGCUAGAAGCCUGUGAUGAUGGUCUGAUGCUGCCUGAGCACCUGCCUGCUUUGGGAACCUGUGAUGGACAUAUUUGCAUAACUGUGUUCCUAGUCCGGAUUCACUGGGGGCUGUAUAAAUAUUCUUUAGUUUAAAAUAUGUACAACUGUGCGUGCGUAAACCCUUGCUGAAUUACACCUUGGAGAAUUUUGCUUUGAUGUGUUGGAUUGUACUAACAACUAAUCUUGCACAUAACGCUUAACAAAUCAAAUCGUAUGUUAUUAAUGAAAUUAUUUGAUGGCUCUCACUCUAAUUUGUGUUACACAAUUGUGAAUAAAGUAAAUAUGAAGUAUAUUUGUUCAUGCAGCAGUCAAAGUGUGAUCUUUAUCAUGACAAAGUGUUCCUCUGUCAGAAACCGAGUUUGAAAAGUAUGAAUCUGUGUACCACAAAUCAUUGCUGUAUUUCGAGUUUAACGUGCAGCUACUUCUGCUUUUCCCUUUUUUGCCAAAGUGAAUAGUUCACUGGCACAGAGACAUAACCGUGUUUCUAUAAUCUUGUAAUGAUUUAAUAAAAGGCUUUGCCAAAUGCAUGGGUGCCAUGAA